UGUUAUUCGAAAAUCAAAACAACAAAUAUGUUUUUUGUGAUGCUUACUUUCUGUCUUGUCUCAAAAUACUACCAGCUUCAAUUCAGAAAAAGUGUCAAUUCAUUCACCCCUUCACAAUGGCAUCUGGAAUGGACAAGAGUCUCAUGGCACUAAUGGGCAUUGAGGAUGACGAACCUAAGGACCAGGGUCUUCUUCAAACUCAUAAUCUACAAACAGACCAAGACUCGGAGCAGGAGGAUGCUUCUCAAGAGGUUUCAGAAGGACAACGAAGGCUCAUUGACAACCUAAGUAGUACUUCGCCUUCUGAUCAUGGCACAAUAUCUGGAACCAAUAGAUCAAGCGAGUAUAUGACAUUGCAAGCAAGGCCCGGACAUCUUGGCAAGGAUAGGGUCUCUUUCUUGUCUGAUAAUGAAGCUGACACGGAGAUGGAGGACUACAGGAGUAAGAAAAAUUGGCCAGCACGCUCAGAACGCUCAACAAUUCAUGGAGCUGUACCGCGUGCCAGCACUUCAGCACUCUUUGCUUCAAAUUCGUCCCAAGUGCAGGAGGUGGAAGAAACCUCUUUGUUUCCCGCAAACUUUGAUCCUCCUGAGGAAUCUCAGCACAGUUUCUUCGAAGCUGAUUCAUACAGCAAACUCUCACAGAAAAAGACCACUGUUCCAAAGCCAGCACCCUUGCCUUCAUCUCGCUCAAUCUUCUCGUCUGAAUUCAAUCCAUUUAGUCACUCAUCUCCCGACAAAAUCCGGGUCAAGAAGAAACCAAUUACGGAAUCAACUAAAGAAGGAUCCUCUUUAUUCAGUCCGACACUCAGCCCUCGUAAAGCACAGCAAAGCAAGCCAGUGUUCAUCCCAAAGUCAAUCUCGCCAAUGAAAACUAGGAUUGAUUCACCUACAAGUAAUGCAUCCCCACAAUCAUCGGAUAUCACUAAUUUCAGAUAUGAUCUCUCUUCCCCAGUCACUUCAUUCGCGCUGAAUAUGAAAAACUCGAGCAUGUUUUCGGAUAGUGAUUCUGAUAUCAGCUCUCUAGAAGGCAGUAUCCAUGCGAACGAUAGUUGUACAACCGACAUUAUCUUGAAAGCUUCUAUUCCCGCAGAUGCAGACAUAGAAAUGCUGGUACCAAAAAGAACUUCGAAUACACAUGCAAAGUAUUCAUUAACAUCAAAAGACCUCGGCGAUCUUGAAGGCCCUUUAGAAGGACCUAUCAAUGGUUGGAAUCUUGAUAAAGAAAUGUCCCAGAAGCAUCAGCCCAAGGAUCGCAUCAAACCUCCAUCAAAAAAGGAACUUCUACAAACGAGAAAAGACAUGGAUCGCUUGAUGCGAUCAGCUUCGCUUCCGGUUCAACCACGCAUGGGCAAAGCAAUGGAUUUGCGAUCGCUUUUGCAGAAAAGUCAAGCCAUGUUGGACGAAAGGAACGCCGCUUAUGAAACGCCAUUUUUAAAAAGCGACAUUUCGCCUGAUACUGACCCAGCUCACUCCAUAUCUUCCAAACCCUGUCCUGGGAUCAGGACCAUAUCUUUAAAUGACAGCUCAGAGGAUGAAUUCGAGACAGAAGCCUCCAGCGAAUUCUCUCAGGCCAGACUUGCAGCAACCAAAGCUUUUCUUCUUUCACCUAGACGUAAGCGUUUAUCGGACGAGGCAUCGGCGCAGAUCCUCCCUUUAUCCAGCACUGUUGGUAAACUAUCUAUCAGUAAUUAUUCAAAUGGGUUACAGCCUCCUGCCGCCUCCGCUGAUCGAGGCCCUUUAACAUUGUCUUCACCCCCAAAAGCCACAAAGUCUGCUAUAUAUACGGAUGUUGCUAAACAUAAUAUCGAAAUGAGGCGGAGACAGGCAAAAACAAAUAUGAAACUCCGUAAGAAACUACUAGAAGAAGCCCAGAAAUCAGGAAUCUGGAUGACCCCUGAGGAGCGUGCCGCAGAGCUUAUGGCGCUCGAAGAAGGUCAACAGGAUGCUGAUGAUGAGGGUAGCGCAGAUAAUACUUCCAAAGCAAACCGUGCGACUAGUCCCACAGGCGAAGAUAUUGAUGACAAGGAGAUGGAGCUUGGCAGCGCGGAUGAAGAUUAUGUGCUGUCAGGAGUGUCAGAGGACGAAGACAAAGGAAGAAGCGUGGAUGAGACGAAAAGGACGAAAAGGACGAAAAGGAUAGUGGGCAGGAAGAUGACGACAAGAAUCGGGAGCAGGAUAGUGGUGAUGAUGCGUUGGUGGUUAAUGUUAAACGCUCAAUAAACAAAAAGGCGCUUAUUGAAGAGGAGGCUGAUGUCAAGGUCGUAAUCAUCGAUCGGAGCGCUCUAGCGCAUCCUGAUAGUGAUGAUGAAGGAGAAA